CGUGGUUUUUUUUUUUUACAUUUGCAGAGAGCAUCAUCAUGUGGCUGUACAGUUGGGUCGGUGUUUUGCUGGGAGGACUUUUAGACAUAACCGCCUUUUCUAUCAAUACGAAUAAUCAGAUCUACGACCCACAAAUAGGAGUAAAUUAUGAUAGUUGCACGGUAGGAAAUGGGACGUACUAUCACGGCGAAACGUUCAAGCUCGAUUGCCGUACACAGUGCGUCUGUCAGAACGGCCGUCAUGCUUGCUCGACGCUGUGUCCACACGAGAAUCUGCCACCACCUAUCGACACCUCCAUUUGCAUUGCGCCGAAGCUGGUGGAGCUGCCGGAUCAUUGUUGCCGAGUGUGGCUCUGCGAGCAGCCUGCAACUGAUGUGAAUGCGACCUGUUACAACUCGUCCACCACGCUGUGGUCACCGUGCUCGCAGAGUUGCGGUAUUGGGACGUCGACCAGAAACAUCACCACAACGCCUGGCUGCCAGAAGCUCAGCACGAUACGGCUGUGCGAGAAUCAUCGGUGCAACCGCCAGAGCAAUAAUUACUACUACGCCGGUGACUACACGCCCGAGGGUAAGCAGGUCGUCGAGCUGGAAGCGGGCAAUGGUGGCCGCCCGGAGGAGGAUGGUCCUGCUGUGCGGGAUGCCGAUCGUCGCAGUAUUACUAGCCGCAAACAACGACUGUACGAUGGUGAUAGAAGUGGCAGCUACGGUCCCAACAGUGUUUCUUUGCUCAGUGAAAACGAACAUCGAAGACGGAAGGGUCACGAGUGCCGAAGCAUUCAGCGAACGGCUUCCUCCCGGCUCAGGCUAGGUCCGUGCGUUUCGCGGAAGCUUUAUCGACCAAAAUCCUGCAGCCUGUGCCAGGAUUCCAGCAUGUGUUGUGUGCCUUCAAUAACCACUACUAUUAAGGUUGAAUUACUGUGCCCUUUGAACUCUGGCGAUCCGUUCGAUUUCAUCGAGCACGGGUACGACUUGUGGGACAGUGCGUCGAUCGAUCCGCUCGACCAGGAGAUGCUACAGUCCCGCCAGAUUCACAUCGAAAACAAGUUUGUCGACGUACAGUGGGUGCUAAAGUGUGAAUGCGGUCCAAAGAGUAAAAACUGUCGUCCACGAAAGUCAGUGGGCCAUCCCAGCAGAGCGUCCGAGAAGCAGCAGCAGCAACAGCAACGGCGAUUGAGCUCAUCCGACCAUUCACCGCUGCCGACCGUCACAGCGGGAUCGAUGGCCGGGCCGGAAAGCAACAGCACCGCAUAUCGAUUGGAGCACGGCCAGGCACGUCGCAUCCCGGACGUGACCGGUGCGGAUCACCCGGGUGGAAGCGAUCCAACCGUCGACAACAAUGAUCCCGUCGACUACUACGAUGGUAGCCGGGCGGGUGGUCGCAGCGCGGUUCACAAACAUGCGGGCCACCACCAUCGUUCGGCGGUGCAUCGGCGACUGGUGCAUCGUGGUCCGCACCGCCGACAGCAGCUCGAUGCGUUCGCUGGCUGGAACGGUGCCAGCUCGAUUGCGGCAGACGGUAGUGGCGAGCUGCUGAAGCGGGUUCAUCGAACAUAA